AUGAAUGACAGAAAGAUCUCUUCAGAUAUUAUUGAGAUAAUGUUUGGAACUGAUAUUCGGCUGAAGAGAUCAUCAGAUGAACAACAAUUGAAGCCAAGAAGUGAUGACACAAAUGAUAAGAGCGAAGACAUGAAUGAAGACACGGCUGAAGACAUCAAUGAUUUGAUUUUGAGACCAAAUGUCUCUGAAGUAAUAAAAGAUAAUUGUGUGGAACCGAUGAAUGGGUUGAAUAUAGAAAAGCAUACGUUAGUCAACAAUACAUCAAAUCCAUUGACAUCUCAAUCCUUACCACAAGAGAUGGUAAACGAAGAGAUCAUUGAUAUCAGUAAUGAAGACUCGAUGGAAGACUCAAUGCAACCAAAAUUGUUGACUGAAUUUUUGCCUCAAAGUGUCCGCAGAAGUGAGAGAUCUAAGCCAUUGGCCAGACAUGCAGUGAUUUGUCCGCCAAAAGCCGGUCAAAAGACUUUCAAUCUUUUGUUAUUCUCUGAUCCGACGACUCAAGAGAUGGACAACAAAGAGAUGAUUAGAAAGAGAGCCAAAGAAUUGGCAGAAAAAGUGAAAUUAGAAAAGCUUUUAAAUCAACCGAUUGUUAAACACAGCGUUGAAGACUCGGCGGAGAAAAUGCCAUCAAAUGAAAGGAUAUGUCCGCUCGAUAUCAAUGAAAGGAAACAAUGCUAUGAUUUGAAGUCUAAGACAUUUAUUUGUCCCAUAAAUGAGUGCCACAAGAGUUUCCGAAUAGACGUUUCAUUUCGGAAGCACUUCCUCUCAGACCACACCGGAAGGCAAUAUGUGUGCGAUUAUGAAGGCUGUGGUAAAGUGUUUAAAGUACAAUCUGGGUUAACACAGCAUUCACUCAUUCAUAAGACAAUUAAAUCAUUUAAAUGUGAUUUCAAUGGCUGUCAAUAUCGAGGCGUUAGUCGACAACAUUUGAGACAACAUCUGAAGACACACUUAAUAACGGAGAGAGUGUUUAAAUGUGAUGUCAGCGGCUGUGGAAAGGCAUAUAAGCACAGAUCUGAUCUAUUGGAACACCAGAGGACACAUAACACUGAACCGACGUAUAAGUGCGGGACCGACGGCUGUAGUGAUAUGUUUCAUAGCCCGCAUCAACGGACCAAACAUCAGGUUAUGGUUCAUAACCGACAGCCGUAUACUAAACGGGUUUAUAAACACCGGUGUCAAUGGCCCGGAUGUGAUUGGAUGGGAACCAGUCUGAAAGUACACCAAAGUGUGCACACCGGCGCCAAGCCGUACGCCUGCGAUUGGCCCGAUUGUGGCAAACGGUUUAGAGUUAAGGAUAAACUCGAUAAUCACCUGAAUGUUCACAACAAUGUUAAGCCCUACGCUUGUCAAUGGCCCGGAUAUAACGUGACCGUUAUGUGCGGGAUAUUGCGGUAA